UGCCUCUUCCUCCCCUCCUCCUUCCCCUCCCUCCCCCGCAAAAUCCGGAUCUACACCAGCAUCAGAACCUCCUCCUUCGGCGGCAUCCUCCACCACUCCAACACCGUCUCUUCCGUCAACCUCAACCCCAACCCCGACCACUCCUGCGCAAACUCCCCCUACACAAGGAGCUGUCGGUUCCACACUCGCAAUUCCUUCUUCCCCUUCAAAACCUAUCUCUCCAGAAACACCCUCUCUCUCUCCCAACCUCCCUCGACCCCGGCCAGCCGGUUCAACCGAAACUCCUCCGCAACCUUCCAACGACUCUCAGAAUGUUAAUGAAGCUAUCGCCGUCGGAGUUGUAGUGGGAGUAGGAGUAAUCAUUGCACUCCUCUCUGUCAUCUUUUGCCUCUUGUGUAAGAAGAAAAAAAGGAAAUCUGAUUAUUUAACAAACCCUAACGCUCAAUACUACAACCAAGAUCCGUCGCUGUGGCGCGGGCAGCAACAACCUAUGGAUCCGAAGAUGAAGCUCCACCCGCCCGCAGGAAGCUUCAUGGGAGGCGGGUGGGCCCCUGGCACGAGUGGUGAAUUCGGCCCGGGGUAUAAUAACUCAGGGCAACAUGGUGCGAUCCAGUCGCAGAACGUGGGAGGUAUGUACCAGUUCAGCUAUGAGGAGCUUGCCAACGCCACCAAUGGCUUCUCUCAGGUCAAUAUGUUGGGGCAAGGCGGUUACGGCCUCGUUCACAAGGGUGUUCUUCCUGAUGGGAGGGUUGUCGCUGUGAAGAGCCUCAAGAGCGGGAGCGGGCAAGGCGAGCGAGAAUUCCAAGCGGAGGUUGAGAUCAUCAGUCGCGUCCACCACCGCCACCUUGUCUCUCUCGUCGGAUACUGUAUUGCUACUGGCAACAAACUCCUUGUCUACGAGUUUGUUGCUAAUAAGACGCUCGAGUUUCAUCUUCAUGAUAAAGGUGGAGCUGGGCUUGAUUGGUCGACAAGGCUUCGUAUUGCAGUUGGCAUGGCUAAGGGGCUUGCUUAUCUCCAUGAAGAUUGUAGCCCGCGGAUUAUCCAUCGUGAUAUCAAAGCUGCAAACAUUCUUAUUGACAACAACUUUGAAGCAAUGGUGGCUGAUUUCGGUUUGGCUAAACUCACUACCGAUAACAAUACUCAUGUCUCUACCCGCGUGAUGGGAACAUUUGGAUACCUAGCGCCGGAAUAUGCUUCAAGCGGGAAGCUGUCAGAGAAAUCCGACGUCUUCUCAUUCGGAGUAAUGUUGUUGGAGAUUGUCACGGGCCGGAGACCCAUCGAUCUCACUAACACGAUGGAAGACAGCCUCGUAGAUUGGGCUCGGCCUCUUCUCACCAAGGCGCUCGAAGAUGGCAACUUCGAAGAAGUGGUGGAUCCGGGGCUCGAGGGUAGAUUCGACCAUGACGAGCUCUCUCGCAUGGCCGCAUGUGCUGCGGCCAGCAUACGCCAUUCCGCGCGAAAGCGCCCUAAGAUGAGCCAGAUCGUGCGGGCCCUCGAGGGAGACUCGUCCCUCGAUGACCUGAACGACGGUGUCAAGCCCGGCCAGAGCACCACGUUUAACCCUAAUGGGGGGUCGGAUGCGUACGACACGCGAGCGUAUAAUGCAGACAUGAUGAAGUUCAAGAAGAUGGUAAUGGAUUCGGAGGAGUUCACUAGCAACGAAUACGGCGGAGAUUCCUCUGAUAAAUAGUCUCGGAUAAUUAUGAGAUGAAAUAUUUGAACGACUCUACUUUUGCUGUGACUGAUACCAAUUAAAGCCAUUUCAUGAAGAAUUUGUGAUAAUCCAACCAAUUUUAAUAACUGAAUCA